UGUUCUUCUUCUCCUACUUCUUCAUCUUCAUCUAAUUCAAACCAGAGAGUAACAAUGGCAGCUUCACUGUCUACUCUCACACUCACCACUCCUUCCUACACCACCGCCACCUCCUCCUUCCCCUCCCACACUCCCAAACCCACCCUCCAAUUCCCCUUCUCCCCACAAACCCCAACCCUCUCCCACCGCGCCACCCACCUCCGCCCCCUCGCCGCCGUCGCCGCCCCCGAGAAAAUCGAGAAGCUCGGCGCCGACAUCUCCUCCCUCACUCUCGAGGAGGCCCGCAUCCUCGUCGACUACCUCCAGGACAAGCUCGGCGUCUCCGCCGCAGCCCUCGCCCCCGCCGCCGCAGUCGCCGCCGCACCCGGCCUGGGAGACGCGGCGGCCGUGGUGGAGGAGAAGACGGAGUUCGACGUGGUGAUUGAGGAGGUGCCGAGCAACGCGAGAAUCGCGGUGAUUAAGGCGGUGAGGGCAUUGACGAGCUUGGCGUUGAAGGAGGCCAAGGAGCUCAUUGAAGGGCUGCCCAAGAAGUUCAAGGAGGGAGUGUCCAAGGACGACGCCGAAGACGCCAAGAAGCAGCUCGAAGCCGCCGGAGCUAAAGUCGGCAUUGUCUGAGAGAGAAUAAGUGCUUCUUCUUCUUCUUCUUUUUUUAGCUUAAACGCAGCUUUUGUGAUUUAUGUGUACUACAACGCUACUCUUUUGGAAUAUUUGUGUAGGGUAAAAUGUGAUUGAUAUAUUUUGCUUCGGAUU